AUGGGUUUCUCAGACCUCUUCUUGUUCUCAUUAUUGUUAUUCGUUGCAUUCCCACAAGUAAGAUCAGGAGAUGCAGAUGCACUUCUUGCAUUAAAGGUUGUAAUCGACCCAUUGGGUUUUCUUCAAUGGGGAAGGGGAACUGAUUUCUGCAGGUGGGAAGGGGUUAAAGAAUGCAUGAAUGGAAGGGUCAUUAGGCUUGUGAUUGAAAGACUAAAUUUGAGUGGCACUCUGGAUGGGAAAAGCCUGAAUCAGUUGGAUCAGCUUAGGGUUUUGAGCUUUAAAGACAACUCUCUUUCUGGGUCAAUUCCACAACUCUCUGGCCUAGCAAAUCUGAAAUCUCUUUACCUCAAUGAUAAUAAGUUUUCCGGUGAAAUCCCGGCUGGGAUUUCAGUCCUUCACCGCCUGAAAGUUGUGGUUCUUUCUGGUAACAGACUAUCCGGUCACAUUCCUCUGUCCUUCGCUGUUACGAACAGAUUAUAUGUUCUUUAUUUGCAGGAUAAUCAAUUGACUGGUGAUAUUCCACCUUUUAAUCAGACUAGUUUAAGAUUCUUUAACGUGUCUAAUAAUUUACUCUCUGGUGAAAUCCCUGUGACCAAUUCAUUGGUUAGGUUUAAUCAAUCCUCAUUCAGAGGUAACAUUGAUUUAUGCAGUGAUCGAAUUCAAAAACCGUGUAAUUUUGGUCCAUCAUAUCCAAUCCCGCCCACUAACAAAUCGGGGCAUCAUAAGAGGAAUAAGAAGCUUAUUGUUGUAAGUGUUUCAUGUAUUGGUGGAUUUGUGUUGUGCAUUUUACUUAUACUUCUGAUUGCAUGUUUGAGGAAGAGAAGAAAGAAAGAGGAGACAAAGAGUAAAGUGGUCGCACGAGCAGUUGAUGAAGGGACUACAAGUGCGGGUAGGGACGGUGAUGAUGGGGGAAAACAAGGAGUAUUCUCGUGGGACCAAGGGGGUGAAGGACCAGGGAGUUUGGUGUUCCUUGGACCAGGCGAUCAGCAAAUGAGCUUUAGUUUGGAGGAUUUGUUGAAGGCUUCAGCUGAGACGUUGGGUAGGGGGAGCAUGGGGAGCACGUACAAAGCAGUGAUGGAGUCGGGUUACAUUGUUACUGUUAAGAGGCUAAAGGAUGCUAGGUAUCCGAGGAUGGAGGAGUUCAGGCGACAUAUUGAAAUUAUUGGGGGGUUAAGGCAUCCCAAUCUUGUUCCACUCAGGGCUUAUUUCCAGGCUAGGGAAGAACGCCUGCUUGUGUAUGAUUAUUUUCCCAAUGGCAGUCUCUUCACUCUCAUUCACGGAUCAAGAGCUUCAGGUGGUUCAAAGCCUCUUCAUUGGACAUCCUGCCUUAAAAUAGCAGAGGAUUUGGCAACUGGACUGCUUUAUAUCCAUCAGAACCCUGGUUUAACUCAUGGGAACUUAAAAUCGUCAAACAUACUUUUGGGGUCGGAUUUCGAGUCCUGUCUCACAGAUUACGGUCUAACACCUUUUAGAAACAUAGAUUCCGUUGAGGAAUCGAGUGCUUCUUCCCACUUUUACCGAGCCCCCGAAUGUCGUGAUGUGCGAAGGCCACUAACACAACUAGCUGAUAUCUAUAGCUUUGGCAUCCUUCUCCUCGAGCUCCUGACAGGAAAGACUCCUUCCCAAGACCAUGUUGAAGAAUACGGCUCGGAUAUCCCUAAAUGGGUGCGAUCAGUACGUGGAGAAGAGACAGAGUCAGGCGAUGACCCUACAUCAUCUAGCAAUGAAACUUCAGAGGAAAAGCUCAGCGCACUUCUGAAAAUUGCAGUGGCUUGUAUUUCUGUUGCACCAGAAAACCGUCCUGCUGCAGGGGAGGUUUUAACGAUGAUUAGAGAGGCUAGAGCAAAAGCUCAACUAUCUUCUAAUAGUAGUGACCAUUCACCAGGAAGAUGGUCAGAUACUGUUCAAAGCUUGCCUCGAGAAGAACAUUUGAGUAUUUGA